CUUUCCCAGGUCUGGCUGCUCUCGGCAGCAGGAACACCAGAAAUUGAGGUGGGGGAGGCAGCUGUUCCCUUCUCGCAAGAAUGUCCACCUUCCGCCAGGAGAGGGUUGAAGACCACUAUGACAUGGAGGAAGAGCUGGGCAGCGGCCAGUUCGCGAUUGUGCGGAAGUGCCGGGAGAAGAAAACCGGUUUGGAGUACGCCGCCAAGUUCAUCAAGAAGCGGCGUCUGUCCUCAAGCCGCCGCGGGGUGAGCCGCGAGGAGAUCCAGCGGGAAGUGAACAUCCUGCGGGAGAUCCAGCACCCCAACAUCAUCACCCUUCACGACAUUUUUGAGAACAAGACGGACGUGGUGCUGAUUCUGGAAUUGGUCUCGGGUGGCGAGCUGUUCGAUUUCCUGGCUGAGAAGGAAUCCUUGACGGAGGAAGAGGCUACCCAGUUCCUCAAGCAGAUCCUGGAUGGGGUCCAUUAUCUCCAUUCCAAACACAUUGCCCAUUUCGAUCUUAAGCCUGAAAAUAUCAUGCUCCUUGACAAAAAUGUCCCUAGUCCCCGAAUCAAGCUGAUUGAUUUUGGCAUCGCUCACAAGAUUGAGACAGGAAAUGAAUUUAAAAACAUCUUUGGCACUCCAGAAUUUGUAGCUCCGGAAAUAGUGAAUUAUGAACCUUUGGGCCUCGAGGCUGACAUGUGGAGCAUCGGAGUCAUCACUUACAUCCUCUUGAGCGGUGCCUCUCCAUUCUUGGGGGAGACGAAGCAGGAGACCUUGACCAACAUUUCUGCUGUGAAUUAUGACUUUGACGAGGAAUACUUCAGCAACACCAGUGAACUGGCCAAGGACUUUAUUCGGCGACUGCUCGUGAAGGACCCCAAGAAACGGAUGACGAUUGACCAAAGCCUGGAGCAUCCAUGGAUCAAGGUGAUCAAGAGGCGGAACGUCCGCAAUGAGGACAACGGGAAGAAGCCAGAGCGACGGCGCCUGAAGACCACGCGGCUGAAGGAAUAUACCAUCAAGUCGCACUCCAGCAUGCCGCCCAACAACACCUACGUCAACUUUGAGCGCUUCUCCAAAGUCAUGGAGGAGGUGGCGGUGGCCGAGGAGAGCCUGCGUGAGCUGCAGCAGAAUAAGAGGUCCUUCCGGGAGGACAUUGAGGCCCUGAGGUCCAUCUAUGAGGAGAAGGAGUUGUGGUACAAAGAAGAGAACGAGGCUAUCAGCCAGGACCUCCGGCAAAUCCAGCAGGAGAUGCAAAAGACGGAGGCCCUGAAGCGGCAGGCUCAGGAGGAGGCCAAGAGUACCUCGUUGGCAGCCAACAGGCUGAAACGGCACCUUCGGAAGCUGGAGAACCGCUACGAGGCCCUCGCCAAGCAGAUGGCCUCCGAGAUGAAGUUUGUCCAGGAGCUGGUCCGUUCGGUGGAGCUGGAGAAGCUGCAGGGUGGAGAAGAAGACUGUGGAAUUCGCUAAUGGGUCCCUUCUGGGGAGGUGGGGGAAGGCCAUGUCCUCGUCAGGGUCAGGUCUCCCCACUGUGUCUCCACUCACCCACCCUUCGGGAGGGCCAGAAAACCCACCGGCCUCUUCUCCCCACUGAAUUGCUUGGCCUGCUUCCAGAGUCCCACGUUCCAUCAUGCAGCGCUUCUGCCUGGACCCCACAGGGAGGACGAGUUCGUGCACGUCGGGAACUUUUCGCGUUCCUGAAGAUGGGACAGGACACUUAGGAAAUGCACGCCCGGCAUCUUCCCCUUUUCCCACUAGCUGACGCUUUGCAUUUCUUGAGAAUCCCAAACUUUUGAGGUGGCUCGGAAACCGUUACCCCAGAAAGAGAUUUCCUGCUGCAGAGGGCGAGGUAGAAGAUCGAUCCCUGUGGAUUUUGAUUUUGGGCGAACGCGAUCCACAGCCCACAGGGCGUGAUCUCCUCUCUGAACUCAGCUGCUCUGGGACAGCCCAUUCUCGGGAAUUGGCCUGGGUUCCUGGGAUCUAGGGGGCAUUCCGGGCAGGUGGGCCUUCCA